ACACAGAUUCACUAGUUUCGGGAGCUAGCUUCUCUAUUUUCCGGUUGAAGAACGAUGGGUGCCCGUGGUCGAAUGGCAGCUCCCCCGACUGCCAACAAGUCUGAUCAAUCCGACAGGCUCAAGCGAGUUCCCCACACAAAGCCCCCAUUUACACUGAGCCAGAUAAAGAAAGCCAUCCCACCUCAUUGUUUCCAGCGUUCUGUACACCGCUCUUUCUCCUACGUUGUAUACGACCUCGCACUAGCCUCUCUCUUCCUCUACAUUGCCACCAAUUACUUCCACCACCUUCCUCAUCAACUUCUCUCAUAUCUGGCUUGGCCAAUCUACUGGAUUUCCCAAGGUUGUGUCCUCACUGGCCUCUGGGUCAUAGCUCACGAAUGUGGCCACCAUGCCUUCAGUGACUACCAAUGGCUCGAUGACUUGGUUGGCUUCAUCCUCCACUCCGGUCUUCUUGUCCCUUACUUCUCCUGGAAGUACAGCCAUGGCCGCCACCAUUCUAAUACAGGUUCCCUUGAGCGAGAUGAAGUCUUUGUUCCGAAGAAAAAAUCCAGCAUCGGAUGGUACUCCAAAUACCUUAACAAUCCACCAGGCCGAGUCCUCACGCUUGCCAUCACACUCAUUCUGGGCUGGCCUCUGUACCUCACAUUUAACGUUUCCGGCAGGCCCUAUGAUCAGUUUGCAAGCCACUACGAUCCUUAUGGCCCCAUCUACUCGGAUCGCCAGCGACUCCAGAUAUACAUUUCUGAUGCCGGUGUUCUUGCCGUCUUUUACGGGCUUUACCGCCUUGCCAUGGCGAAAGGACUUGCCUGGGUUCUAUGUAUUUACGGAGGACCUUUGCUGGUCGUGAAUGGGUUCUUGGUGCUGAUCACGUUUUUACAGCACACUCACCCUUCGUUGCCCCAUUACGAUUCCUCCGAAUGGGACUGGUUGAGAGGAGCUUUGUCAACAGUUGACAGGGAUUAUGGAAUCUUGAACAAGAUUUUCCACAACAUCACAGAUACGCAUGUGGCGCACCACUUGUUCUCGACGAUGCCGCAUUAUCAUGCAAUGGAGGCCACGAAGGCAAUAAAACCUAUUUUGGGAGAUUAUUAUCAGUUUGACGGGACACCAAUUUAUAAGGCAACGUGGAGGGAGGCAAAGGAGUGCAUUUAUGUUGAACCGGAUGAAGGUGGCGCCCAGAGCAAAGGUGUCUUCUGGUACGCCAAUAAGCUGUAGUAGUACUGCUCAUUGGAACUCAUGCCUAUUAUAUAUUAGCUUAAUUUCCUUUAUAGAUAUAAUCCAAGUUGUAAUAUAUAUAUGGUUACUGCGAAUUAGACCUGUAGUCCUACGUACGUACCUGUAACCCUACGUACGUACGUACCUCAUCAUGGUCGAAACAGAGACAAGAUAUGCCUGUUUACGUUCUGAUCCUGAUCUCAUAAAUAAUAUUGUUUCUUGA